AUGCCGAUUACUUUGGGUAGAAACAAUACUUAUCCUAUCGAACGCUCCAAGUUCAUGCAGUGCGUGUCAAUCCACAAGUCGCCGGAGGCCACAGCUAUUGUAGGUGAUAGGCGGUUUCCGGUGGUGGAGAGAGAGAGAAAGGAAGACGAGGAGUCUAGCAGCUCGUCAUCAUCAAUCGGGAAGAAUAGUGAUGUUAGUGGGGGUUCAUCGGACAGUGAAGAUUCAAAUGAAAUUCAGAGCUUGUUUAAGGGAACCUUGGAUAAUCUGGAUUCUUUAGAGGAAGUUCUGCCCAUCAAGAGACGCAUAUCCAACUUCUAUACUGGCAAAUCAAAGUCUUUCACAAGCCUAUCAGACGCCUCCUCUGCUUCUUCAAUUAGAGACCUUGCAAAGCCAGAGAAUCCCUACAGUAGGAAACACAAGAACUCCAAGGGCAUUACACAUGAAUGCUAUGACUCAGUUUCAUUAUCAUAUUCUUGUUAUCUGCCUCCUCUACAUCCUCAAGUUAAAAGGUUACUGGGCAACAAAUCAUCAUCCUCACCUCCUUGGCUAAACUCUCCUGGGCGAUCUUUCUCUCUGUCUGAUCUUCAAAGUGUUGCCGGUUCAAGUCCUAACAUAAUUGACUUGGAAGUUCAUGGUGGAGACAUGGACGGCAAAUAA